CUUCCCUCACUCCCUCACUGGUGUCUCUCCCUCUUUUCCUCUCCCUCCACCUCUGAUUAGAUACACGGAUUCUUCAUUCAAUGGACGUCAUUUAGAACAGGGCUCUGCCUUCAGUUGCCUCCUCGGUUCACGCUCGAUUUCCAGCCAUUCUUCCUUUAUUAAGUAUUGCUGUAAUAUUAAUAGUCAUGAAUAUCUGCUGCUAUUAGGGCUUGGAGAGGAGCAGGCUGCACCUAGAAUCCCAGCAGCAGAGCAUUGCACACCAGCCCAGGAAGGAUUAACCAAGAGACAUUAAGACACAGAAACUUUGCAUUUGCCAUUUCUGCCUUCAGCUCAUGAAGAAACGAUCUGAUGGAUUAUGGUCCUUGGUCGGCGACCGAUAUUCGUUGUCGUUAUGAUUUUCUAGUAGCGAUAUACUAGGGUUGGCGACUUUCUCUCUGCUCUUCUGGUUCCAUUCUUCUGCAUUUCUUCUUUUCCUCCUUUGAUUUGUAGCAGCAGUCAUGUUAGUCCACAGUUUUUCUGCUAUGGACCGUCAUGACGGUACCAGUAAUGGGACAGCCAGGUUGCCCCAGCUGGGGUCAGUGGGCCAGUCUCCCUAUGCCAGUGCACCCCCACUUUCCCAUACUCCCAAUACUGACUUUCAACCCCCAUAUUUCCCCCCACCAUACCAGCCCAUAUAUCCCCAGUCACAAGACCCCUAUUCCCACGUUAAUGACCCUUAUAGCCUCAAUUCCCUCCAUGCUCAACCACAACCUCAGCAUCCAGGAUGGCCAGGACAGAGGCAGAGCCAGGAGACCAGCCUAUUGCACACACAUCGGGGGCUACCACAUCAACUGUCCGGCCUGGACCCUCGCAGGGAUUACAGGCGGCAUGAAGACCUUCUGCAUGGGCCUCAUGGGCUAGGCUCAGGAAUUGACAUCCCUAUCCACUCCAUACCUCAUGCACUAGAAGAUGUCUCGCACGUAGAAGACCCAGGUAUCAACAUCCCAGAUCAGACUGUAAUUAAGAAAGGGCCUGUCUCAUUGUCUAAAUCCAAUAACCAUGCAGUAUCGUCCCUCUCUCUCAACAAAGACAAUCUCUUCGGUGGAGUAGUGAAUCCGAAUGAAGUUUUCUGCUCAGUUCCCGGACGACUGUCUCUUCUAAGCUCCACAUCAAAGUACAAGGUGACAGUGGCAGAAGUACAGAGAAGAUUGUCCCCGCCCGAGUGCCUGAAUGCUUCUCUGCUGGGUGGAGUGCUCAGGAGGGCAAAAUCCAAAAAUGGCGGCCGAUCACUGAGAGAAAAACUAGAUAAAAUAGGACUGAACCUUCCAGCUGGGAGGCGUAAAGCUGCUAAUGUAACAUUGCUCACAUCCUUAGUGGAGGGUGAAGCUGUCCAUCUAGCCAGAGAUUUUGGUUAUGUCUGUGAAACGGAAUUUCCUGCCAAAGCAGUAGCCGAAUAUGUCAACCGGCAACACUCAGACCCCAAUGAGCAAGUGACCAGGAAAAAUAUGUUACUAGCCACAAAGCAGAUUUGUAAAGAAUUCACAGAUUUAUUGUCCCAGGACAGAUCCCCCUUGGGUAACUCUAGACCAUCUCCUAUUCUGGAGCCAGGUAUCCAAAGCUGCCUGACACACUUCAACCUCAUCUCUCAUGGAUUUGGCAGUCCAGCAGUAUGUGCAGCCAUCACUGCCCUGCAGAAUUAUCUCACUGAGGCACUGAAAACCAUGGACAAAAUGUACCUCAAUAAUAACAACAGCCACACAGACAACAGCAAAGGGGGGGACAAAGAUGAAAAGCACAGGAAGUGACCCAACCUGCCAUCAUUUCUAUCCCCUUAUGUGUUGGCCUCCUGCCCAUUGGGGCAAAAGAGAAGAAGACCUAUUGCCAUCCCUACUCUGGAGAAGGAAGGCUUCUGCUCAGCCACCGAAACGUUGUCCAUUCAGGCUUCUGCUCAGCCACCGAAACGUUGUCCAUUCGUUUUAUUGUCUCGUUUGGAUUAUUAAAGGAACAGGCAAUGGAGCCAGGAAAAGUUUUGUCUUUAGUGUUUGGACAUUUUGUAAGAAAACUUUUUUUUUUUUUU